AUGUCCCUGUAUCCCGCCGGUCUUACCCCAGACAGUAUCGACGUCAACUUUGCUUCGUCGAGCUCUCCACCGCCUAUGCAGUACGAUCAAUGGAGCGCGGCCGACACGGAUGACGAGGCAGACAUCCAAGAGGUUACUCAACAGGAUGAGGAUCUGACCGUCACAGCCGACAAGAUUGCUGCCCCAGACAAGACGCUUCACAUUCAGACCGACUCGCCUGCCAAUCUCAACCCCCCUGCUGUCCCAGAGAAUGGCUUUGAGCAGGAUGCGUCGAGCGUGCACAGCAUGCCUGUCGUCCAAGUCACCGAGCCUACAAGUCCUACGCCCAUGUCAGCACGAAACUCGACCUCGAGGUUUGGCAGUACGCCGGGCUCCAACCUGGCACCUCCAUCUCCUGCUACCGCGCAGGUGAGGCGAAACAACCGCCUUUCUAUGCUUGAUGCUCGGGCGUCAAAUCGACUGUCUGGUUUCUUUUCUUCCCUCAUACACCGCCGAGAUCCUGCGCUCGCCCCUUCUUCAGAAGCAUCUACUCCGACAACUCCAAAGGCAGCCUCGUCAUCGCGCGCGUCGUCUCCGGUUCCUUCCCGCCCAACCACUCCUCCACCUCAAUUGCCAGCUCCAUCUCUCAUAGAUCUUGGGUUGACUCUGUCUUCGCUCACUGCUCAUCUUUCUCCGUCGAGUUCCAGUCACCCUCCUUCUAGCGGAGCUUUUCUUGGACCUCACUACUUGCUGUUAUGUCACGUUCAGGGACUUGAUGUUCUGCCGCUCAUAGGUCCGCCUUCACCACAGCCUUACGCGCUGAUCCGACGGGUACCCUUUAAGAGUGUGGUCGUCAUGGAGCACCGCGGAGUACUUGUUGCUAUUGCAGGCCGGAGAGACGGUGUGAGGGUGUACGCGUUGGAGGAAAUCAAACGAGCUGUCGAAUGGAGAAUGGAGGCGGAGGUGAGGAGGGAGCAGGAACGCGCACGGAGAGAGUUGGCAAAACGUUCGCAAGUCACGUACUCGGGCCUAGGUCAUCACGAUGGCGAAAAACGGGGAUCGACUGAGAAGGAUAUGCGCGGGAAGACACCCGUAACUCCGGUGUCGGGGAAGAACUCUGCUCCUUGGACAUCUGGGUCUGUUCCUCCUGUACCUCAUCUUGGUCGGCCAAAGCCUCCUGCACGAACUGCAACCGUGAAGGCGCCCAAGGCCAAGCCGAAGACGCCAGCACGCCCAACUACCCCUACAGGACCACCGCCUGCGUAUAACACUCCCGCAACGCCUCGCGCUCGCGAUCCGCCCGUUGCGCCUGUUACACGCUCUCGCGCGACUUCCAUCAGCGAGGUCAUGGCUGGCACGAUGAAUCGGCACCAUACGCUGGAUAAUCCGAUUCAGGUAGACGAGGAUGCGAAGGCGGAUUGGGCAUCAAGCGAUGACGAGGCUAUUAAUGUGGUUGCGGCACCUAGCGGCAGCCAAAUGCUAGACGAACGAACAAGCUCAAUGGCCGCUACUACCGCGUCCACCGCUGGCUCUCGCCCCACGCUGGAUAUGGGCCGUGUACAGAGCGCGCCCAGCAUACAGACUCGAACGACACGGAGAAGUCGCCCGUCGAACCUGGAUCUCACCAUCACGCGUACAAACACCGUCACCAACGUGGUACCGGUCCCUCCCCCAUCUCCUACGCCAACGCUUCUUUCAUUACAGCAAGCGUUGACGCUUCCGCCUAGCAUGGGGACGCUGUCGACGUUAAGCUCAGUUGGCAAUACAGCACCCAAUGCGGAUGCGGAUGUGGAUGCGGACAUUGAAGCAGACGAGGACGAUGACGGCGACAUGGAGCCGGCCUCUCCCUCGACUCCUACCCGAGAGCGUAUCAGUCUGGCGGAGGCUCUUCUGGAGAGUCGCUUACCUGACUUACCGCCUGUCGGCACACGUCGUCCACAACAGCCCAUCCUCCUCGAUGCUCGUGAGGACGAGGUACCUGCCAGUCCGCGGACUUCCGAGUCUACUUACACGGGGCAGAGUUUGGGAGAACAGCCGACCGGGCGAAGGCGUAGGCGAUGGUCUGUGUUGGGCGGAGUGUUCACACACAUCCCAGGGAACUCGCAGUCAUCUAUCCCAUCUCUCCCAGAGAGCACAGCCCUCGGUGGAAGCUCUUCAGUGGCGGAGGACCAACCGACAGAAAUGCGGGAACGGACUACCUCUCAGUUGACGCGCUCAAACUCUACGCGUAUCGUGCAGUCGAGUUCUACGGUGAGUGUGCGCCCUCCGAGCAGACCAUCGACGUCGCCCGGACCAUCGGGUACAUCGGAGAGAUCUGCAGCUGCUCUUGUUGGCGACCUCCCACCUCUCCCAUCUGCCCGGAUACCUAGUGCAUCCACCCGGUUCCUUCCUAGGAUCAUCACCAAUGCGUUCCAGGCUCGUCGGUCAGAUGAUACACCCAUUCUGCCCAGGGCAUCAGAGGGCGAUGUCAAGCGGACAGUAGCGGGACCUAUCCCACCACACGCACCGGCGCCGAAGUUGGAGUAUGUCAAGCUUCCUGGCACAAAGGGUGCUGUUAUGGUUAAAGCGGUAGAGACUGCGAAGAAAAGUUUCCUUGCCAUCCUCUGCGGAGAAAACGGGGAGAAGGUGGAGCUGUUCGCGGGAACGUACCGCACUGCUCUUGGACUCUCUCGGACGUUCAUUCUUCCAGACUCACCUCGGUCACUUGAGUUGCAGCUGCAGGGCGACGAUCUGGUGGAGGUAUUCCUCGUAUUCUCACAGAAUGUCUUCGGCUUGGAACCAGCCACCGUACGGGUAAGAGAGGUCAGGAUAGGGCGUGCUGAGCGUAGGGCCGCACGACGCCGAGCUCGUGAAAACAGGAUCGACCAGGCUGAUCAAAAUCUGGAUGCCGAUGCAGAGGGAUCUGGUGCUGGCGAUGAUGAUACCGCGGUCAACGUCACCAUCGUUGCACCAUCCACCCCAGUUACUGAAGAAGGGGUGGUGGGAGGGCCACCACAAAUUCCGUCUACCCCUACAUCGGCGCACCCCUCGAACACGUCACAACAUCAGCUUGAUAGCUCAAGUACCGCCUGCAACUCAACAGAUGAACUGACUGCCGUCGCCGCCGCACAGUCCAGCCCCUACACCACCUUCCAGCAGCUGUCCUUUGCACCUAAGUUCCCACUGGCCACAAUAGCGGAUGACUAUGUGAUCCCACCCACUUAUCCCUCCUUCUUAGAGUACAGGAGCGAGUAUGAGCCUGAAGUCAACGGUAGCUCAAAUGUGGAUCUGUCUCAAGUGCAGUUCUCUCCUCCUGGUCUUCCUGUACCGAUACCGGCUCCGCCGUCAAAAUGGUUCUAUCGAGAUCCGAAAGGUGUGGUCCACGGCCCGUGGAAGUCAACGCUUAUGCAAGCGUGGUACAAGGACGGUUUACUUCCGCCGGAUCUACCUGUGAGACGUGAGGAGGACACGGAAUAUAUGUUGCUCAAGGAUUUGCGGUUACAAUGUGUGGACCCCUCGCAUCCUUUCCGCUCCUCUCCCCCAUUACCCAGCCCUUCUCAGUCAGUCUUAGUACCAGAUGCUGCCAAGCCUCUUCUCUCCCCGAUUUCCUUGUUGUCGCAACCGAAGCACUUCGGCCCUCCUGCUCUCUUCUACUCGUCACGCGGUGGACAUAGUACUACCAUUGUCGAUGCUCGAGGCAGAUCCGUUCUCAAGGGACGGUUCCUGUGGAGUCCGGACGACAGCGAAGAGCAACAUGCAUGGAUCGCCAAGCUGGGCGAUGUGAAGCGUCUAGAGGCCUUCGACGUGCGGGAUCGUGCUGUUCUCGUGGCUAUGCGACAGGGCGGUCUCGAGGCGGUCGACUUCGGCGACGCGCUGCUCCGGCCAGCUGACCACUCGCGUACAGUAUACCCUCAUUUCCAGCCCGCUUCCUCCAGCAUCAAUCGACGUGAGCCGUUCGUGUGGAAGAUCGGGUCGCCGUUGUCAUCGCAGUCCUCGUCUUCAUCGUUGUCGUCUCUACCUGCACUCACGAAACCUUCACACCGGAAGAAGCAGAGCACGGGUCCAGCCAAGCCACCGGGAAGAUCUGACUUUUCGCAUUCGGCCGAUGUGGAUUCUUUCUUGCAAGAUGAGGUGCUCUUCCUAGGGAGGAAGAACGACGAGCUGUACAUAUGCGAGAGGAGGACUGGUUCCUUUCGGAUACUGAGAUUAUCGGUGAACCCGUCUUGA